AUGGACGCUCCCGAUAAUGCGGCAGAUCCGUGUGCGGCGGAGGUUGAAGGAGAAUACAACAUGGCACUUCAUAUUGCUGCCAUCUUUAUCAUUAUGGCACUGUCCUUUCUGGGAACCAUGCUACCAAUUUUGGGAAGAAGGACGGCGAAAGAGAAGCUCCCAUUUCAAUGUCUCAAGCUCUUUGGGGCAGGCGUAAUUCUCGCCACUGCCUUUAUCCACAUGCUGAUGCCUGCUCAGAUGCAGCUAACCGAUCCCUGCCUGCCAGCCCAUUUUCAGGAUUACUCGGCAUGGGCUGGCGCCAUUGCUCUCCUCGGCGCCUUUUUUGCACAUUUCAUGCAAUACAGCGCCAUGGUAAUUCUACAUCAUGGGAAGCACAAGGCCUCCGACACUUCAACCACCGCGUAUGCAAACGAUGUCAGGACCAGAACCCUCGAACGGGGCCAACCUGAACCUCAUAUGAUACACCAGUAUGCGAACAGCCAUGCAGACGAAGCACAUGUUCACAGUCUGAUCUUAGCAGACGCAGAGAAAACUGUCAUGACCUAUGUUCUUGAACUUGGGAUCGCCUCCCACUCUAUCAUCAUCGGAGUUACUUUAGGUGCCGCGCGGGAGGAGUUUAAAGGUCUCCUUAUUGCGUUAUGCUUCCACCAGUUUUUUGAAGGCCUUGCUGUGUCUACUGUCGUCAUGGACGCUGACCUUAAGAAAAAGAUGAUAGCAAUCGGCAUGGUCUUGUUCUAUUCGCUGACUACACCCGUGGGCAUCAUUAUAGGAAUCGCUUUGAAUCACAAUUAUCAUGAGAAUGCUACGCAGGCCCUCAUCUCGACUGGGGUCCUCGAUGCCUUAUCUGCAGGGAUAUUACUUUAUGAUGGGUUGGUAAACAUCGUCGUCCCCCAUUUCCAGGCACAGACGUGGCGGACAGCAAGCAAGGAGACGCUUCUUCAUUUUUUCUUCCUGUGGUUAGGCGCAUUGGCCAUGGCCAUCAUUGGGCGUUGGGCAUAA